CAGCCAUCCAAAAUGAAACACCCAAAAACGCUCAAAAAAUAUGAACCAGAAAAAAAAAUCUCCAUAACCAUAACUCAAGAGUUCACUGAACACCAAAUUCUUUACACACUCUCACACAUAUCCAUGAAACAUCUCUCUAUUUCCAAUUUCUGAAACUGCUGGGUCAUUUUCCUUCAAUGGAGACCAUUCUCUCACCUCGCUCUCUCACCCCACUUCUCAAGACUCCUCCUUUUUCCUCGAUCCAGCCCAGAUCAAGCUUCGGGCUCAAGCCCGUUUGCUGCAACCUCAAAAAGCAACCUUCACUGUCGGUUGAACAAUUCUCCCACAAGCCCGCGGGCUGGGUUGCUAACGUGCACCAGGGGCUGGCCGCCCUCGCCAUCUCGUUGGCCCUCAAUUUUUCGUUGCCGAUUUUGGCGGACUCUGCACUUGCGUCUGAGUUCGAUGUCCUGAACGAUGGCCCGCCUACGGAGUCGUACGUUGUUGAUGAUGCCGGCGUGCUUAGCCGGGUGACGAGGUCCGACUUGAAGAGUUUGUUUUCGGAUUUGGAGUCCAGGAAAGGGUUUCACAUUAACGUUGUCACUGUUCGCAAGCUCACUAGCAAAGCGGAUGCAUUUGAGUAUGCUGACCAAGUACUCGAACGUUGGUAUCCAACUGUUGAAGAAGGCAAUAACAAAGGCAUUAUAGUGCUCGUCACCAGUCAAAAAGAAGGUGCCGUCACAGGUGGCCCUGAAUUCAUCCGAGCCGUUGGUGAUUCUGUUCUUGAUGCCACUGUUUCUGAAAAUCUUCCAGUCUUAGCUACAGAUGAGAAGUAUAAUGAAGCAAUAUACAGUGCUGCAAAACGGCUAGUAACUGCCAUAGACGGGCUUCCUGAUCCAGGGGGCCCGCAGGCUAAAGACAACAAGAGGGAAUCUAACUUCAAAACUCGAGAGGAGACGGACGAAAAACGGGGUCAGUUCACUCUUGUUGUCGGAGGUUUGUUAGUCAUUGCUUUUGUUGUUCCUAUGGCACAGUACUAUGCCUAUGUUUCCAAGAAAUGAUGAAGUCAUUUUUUAUAUUCUUCUUCCUUUAUUUUUUCUUUUUUUUCCUUCUACUUCUUCUAGUCUGGAAUCAUUAUUUAUGGUUGGAGUUGAUCGAAUGUAUAAAAUGUUAUUAAACCAAUGUUCAUAUGAGAAAAUGCUUGUUUCAUUCAUAUACAAGUGAAACAAAUCGAAAUUUCUUGAUAUCGACUGUUGCCUCAUUUGUUGUUGUGUUUUUUAUGCAUCCUUUUUAUUUUUGCCUUGGUUUUUGUAGCUACUAUUGCUGUGUGGUGAAGGUCGGCUUGAAAUGUAAC